AAGUUGUGCAAAGACUGUAGUUUUUCCACAGCAUUCCAUUGUUUGAAUAUUUGGUUUUUCCUAGUGUUUAUUAAACUUGUGUUGUUUGCAUUUUGGUUUAUUAUGAGUAAUGGUGCUAUGGAAAUUACUGAGCGUGUCUGCUUGUUCAAAUAUGCCCAUAUUUUUGGAGGGAUGUAUUUCUUAGAUGUAUUCUCAGAGUGAAAUUGCUUCUGGCUUGGUGAACAUGUGGAGAUGCAGGGAGAGUGACGCUCCUAUAGGGGUCACUCCUUGCCCUUACACACAUACCCUGCCCUAGGCAUCUCUUCCAUCUGGCUGUUCCUGAGUUACAUCCUUUUAUAAUAAGUAAAUAUAAUAACUAAAAUGUCUCUCUGAGUUCCGUGAACCAUUCUGGAAAAUUUUUGGUUUUUGUUUUGUGUUUCGUUUUUUUUGUUUGUUUUUUAGGUCAUGCUGCGCGACAUGUGGGAUCUUAGUUCCCCGACCAGGGAUCAAAUCCAUGCCCCCUGCAGUGGAAGCACGGAAUCCUAACCACUGGACCACCAGGGAAUUCCCUGCUCUAGCAAAUUAAUCAACCCAAGGAGGGGGGUCAUUGGAACCUGCCAUCUGUGGCUGGUUGCUUAGAAGUACACGUGACAAUCUGGACUUGUGUUUGCACAUGAAGUAGGAGGUAGAAGCCAGUCUCAUAGGACUGAGCCUUCAACCGGUGGGAUAUGAUAUUAUCUCCAGUCACCGCACCUCAACUUCAUGGAAUAAAGGAAUACCCCCACCACAGUCAGAAUCUUAGGCUUUUGGGGCAGAGGAAUAAAGUCUUCUGGGGCAACAAUCUUCUGGGGACACUCAGCAAUGCUGUGGGCAUUGGGCUAAGGUGAGCGCCCAGGAGCAGCGUUAGCAUCUGGGUCUAGAGGAAAUGUACCCUCAGCUUGAAUUUUCUCCUCAACCCACAGGUCCUGACUCUCCAGGAGCAAAAGAAUCAGUAGAAGGAGGAAGAAGUUACACAAUUUGGUAUCAGGAUUUCUUGGGACACACUUGAUUGAAGACAGAACAGAAUUUAGAGCAGAUCCAGAAGACACAGCGACAGAACCUCCCUGUUGCCAGCUGUUUUCAGAAAACAGAAGAAAAUGAUCAAGGCCCAGGAAACCCUGACAUUUGACGAUGUGGCCGUGGACUUCACGUGGGAGGAGUGGCAGUUCCUGGCCCCUCCUCAGAAGGACCUGUACCGGGACGUGAUGCUGGAGAACUAUAGCAACCUGCUGUCCGUGGGUUUUCAAGCCAGCAAACCAGACAUACUCUCCAAGUUGGAUCAAGGAGAACCAUGGACGAUGGAAGAUGAAAUCCACUGUCGAACCCAUUCAGUCUGGAAAGUUGAUAAUCACCUGCUGGAGCACUUACAAAAUGAGAGCAUGGAGAAGAGACUAGAACAAUGGCAUGAACAGAACCCACUGGAAUAUUCUGCUCAUCGGAGCAGAACUCAUUUUCUGUUCAGGCAAAAUCAUGGUAUGUUUGACUUACAUGGAAAAAGUAUGAAAUCAAAUUUAACUUUACUUUCCGAGAGCAGGAGCUAUGAAAUAAAGAGCCCUGCUGAGUUUACUGGAGAAGUCAGAUCCUGUCUCCAUGCUGACAAUGAACGGUUUCAUACUGAAAUUAAAUUCCCCAAAAGCCAAAAACUCAUCAGUACUAAUUCCCAAUUCAUCAAGCAUCAGAAGACUCAAAAAAUAAAGAAAUCUCAUGUAUGUGGUGAAUGUGGGAAAGCUUUCAUCAAAAAGUCUUGGCUCACUGAUCACCAGAAUCUUCAUACAGGAGAGAAGCCCCAUCGAUGUAAUCUAUGUGGGAAAGCCUUCUUCAGAAAGUUCAAGCUCACUGAACAUCAGAGAACGCAUACAGGAGAGAAACCUUAUGAAUGCAAUGAAUGUGGCAAAGCCUUCCUCAAGAAAUCAGGGCUCAGUGUCCAUCAGAAAACCCAUACUGGGGAGAAACCAUUUAUAUGCAGUGAAUGCGGAAAGGGCUUCAUCCAGAAGGGAAAUCUUAUGGUGCAUCAACGGAUUCACACAGGCGAGAAACCUUAUAUAUGCAAUGAAUGUGGAAAAGGCUUCAGCCAAAAGACGUGCCUCACAGCACACCAGAGAUUUCACACAGGAACGACUCCCUUUGUGUGCGCGGAAUGUGGAAAAACCCUUUCCCAGAAGACAGGUCUCAUUAAACACCAAAGGACUCACACAGGAGAGAAACCCUUUGAAUGCAGCGAUUGUGGGAAAGGCUUUAUCGAGAAGCCGCAGCUUGUUAUCCAUCAGAGAAUCCAUACAGGGGAGAAACCCUAUAGAUGUAGUGAAUGUGGGAAAUCAUUCAGAGGGAAGUCAGUCCUCAAUAAACAUCAGAAAACUCACUCAGUCAAGGUGGAAAAUCCUCCCUCAGAGGGUCACAGGUCCUCACAGAGUAGUGUUGUCCUCCAAGAGAAAAACCUGAAUACAGUGACAAUGCAAGUACCUUCUGUGGUCCCUCAGACAUCAGUCAACAUCAGUGGGCUCCUAGCAAACAGGAAUGUAGUCAUAGUGGGACAGCCUGUGGCCAGAUGUACACCCGCAGGAGAAAGCAGAGGGUUGGCACAGGAGAGAACCCUUAUGAAUGCAGUGAAUGUGGUUGUGCCUUCAGUGGUCAAUUAUAUUUUAUUUUAUGUCACAGAAAACCAGUAGGGAAAAAAUUAAGACAUUCUCUGAGGAAAAGGGUUGAGUGAAAAUUUCUAGUUCAUAUGGUGGCUGAAAAGUAUACACUGAGAGAAACUGUAUAAAUGCUGAGACUGGGAGCACGUGACCUACUCAUCCAAUUACAUAUAUGCCUUGAUACAGAGGCAUAAUCUGAUGUUAACCCAAACACACAAACGUCAGUUGCUCUGUUGUGUCAGUUAAAUAAAUGAAGGAAGCCUGUGUUCAACUAA